CAUGGAAUUGAAUGAAUUUGUAGAAAAUUCAACGGUUCUGGAAGAAAAUUCUAAAGAUGUUAUAUAUUUGGAUGAGAUUUCGGCAGCUAAAUUAUUAUAUAAAGAAUCUAGUAAAGCAUUGUUAACCAUUGUUAUGCCAUUCAUCCUGGGAUUGGGUUUAGUAACUAAUCUAUCGUUUAUAUUCGUAUUCGUAAGAAUUCCUAGAAUUCGAAACGUAACUACAAUGUAUCUUAUAAAUUUGGCUUGCAGCGAUAUGACUUAUUUAUCAUUUGUAAUCGGAGAUAAAAUUCUUAGAUAUUCUUCAUCUCCUUUUUCGGCAGAUUAUAGUGCUUGGGGUGAAUAUGGUUGUAAAUUAAUAACGGGCGUUAUAUUUAUUCCGCAUUAUAUAUCUGAAUUUACCAUUACCCUUUUCACAGUUGAACGUUAUAUAACGAUUUGUCAACCAUUAAAAAGAGCUUACUUUUGUAGUAGAACCAGAACUUUAAUAUUUAUUGCAUGUGUGUGGCUAUUAUCGUUUGCAUUAUCAAUACCGUGUCUGUAUUUUAUUGAAGGGAGAAUGUUUAAUAUUAUAUGGACAUCUUCAAACACUGAUUAUGAAAGACCGUCAAAAUAUCUAAAAUGCGGUGUGAGACCAGUAAAGUUCACUGGAGGUUUAACAUUACAAUGUUACGCUCUUCAAACUAUUCCAUUCUUUUUUACCUUUAUCGUUACCGGAAUAUUAAAUAUAAUAAUGAUAAGAGAGUUAAAUGAGAGUGCGAAAACGUCUAUAAGCUUGGGAGCUGAUAAAAAAGCCAAGAGUGUUACUGAACGAAAAGAUAUUAUUAAAAUGUUGGUUGUUACGUCAUUAAUAUUUUAUUCCUUCGUAUUACCUUACUUUAUAGAUGAUCUUAUUAACGCAGUCACGUAUCUAGGUGAUUGGAAAACAAUUAAAUUACCAACCGAUUUUUUGCAAUUGGCAAGAUUCUUAGCCUAUACAAAUUCGGCAAUAAAUCCUAUUAUUUACGGAGCUGUUAGCUCAAGAUACAGACAAGCUUUUAUGGAAGCUUUCUGUCCAUUUUUAUCAUCGAAUUCAACUUCUACAAUUGAUAAUAGAGUCAAUACAGUACAUGAUAAUGAUACAGCGGACAAUACUUAUAUGUAG